AUGUCAUCCUUUCAAGAAUUGGGAACACAGCUGUUGCAAGCAAGCCAAAAUGGGAAUGUGACUCGGAUUACGGAAUUAUUGCGCCGUGGCGCCAAUCCAGACUUUCAGGACGAGGAAGGAAAUACUGCUCUCCAUGUAGCAGCGAAUUUUGCUGUAGUAGAAGCUCUCACUAGAGGAGUUCAGGCACGAACUCUUACGAUUUACAACGACACCGUUAACUUCAGAAGAGAGCAAGACUUGGAUAUUGAGUCUAAGUACAUUUUAGUGCAGUGUUUAAGACGCCUAGACGCUGGUCAAAAAGAGCGACUAUCCGCGUUAGGUCUGGAUUUUCGUGAAUACAUUGCGAAAAACACAUAUCUCUGCUACAAUAAAAAAGACGUGGGGAUUCCAAAGAUUCUCGAUUUUCCAUUCGUCAGCCACGUUGACGAGUACAGCACCGAAUGCAAACUCCCUCGUGGUUCGAGAUACGCCGAGGCAGAAAAUCUCUACGAAGUUUCCAUACGGUUACACAAUAAUAUCAGCGUUGACGAGGCCGAAUUCAAAACUCCCCAGAAACAGAUUCGGGAAGCGGCGGAGCUCGGCCCCGAGGAUCUUAUUCUCCUUCUAGGCGGAAAGGUCCGACUUGCGGUCCGGGGGAAGUUCUUAGAACGCCUAGUCUCGAUUGACGAAGUCCGCCGUAUUGAACAAGUCGGCAAGCGCGUGCCCGCCGCUCGUCGCGCGCUAGAGAUAUUGGGAGUUAGUGUCCCGCAUGGGCUCGAUGUAACAGAAAGAGGUGCUUAUAGAGGAGCAGGCCAAUUGAUUGCCGUUGCGGAUACGGGGGUUGACACAACCCAUCCAGCUUUCACUGGUCGUAUACGUGAAGUUGUUUCGUUGGGACCUGACCAAAUAGAAGAUAAAUCCGGCCACGGAACUCAUGUUUGCGCCCUAGCAGUCGGCAACCACCUCGGAGGCGAUAGGCCCAUGGGGAGCGCUUCACAGGCAGAGUUACUCGUUCAAUGCAUGGGAAACGAAAGCGAAUACGGCCAUCUGGAAAAUAUGCUUCCGGAUGCUUAUAAUUUAGGUGCGCGGGUACAUUCGAAUUCGUGGGGGACCACCGUGGAAAAUAAUCAGACUGACCAGGGGACGUUUAAUGCGGAGGUGAUUGACAAGUUCGUUCGUAAAAAUCCCGACAUGGUCAUUUGCUUCAGCAUUGGAAAUAAUUCGGCUACCGGCAACGUCCCCUUGCUUUUAAGUGAUGAGGCAUAUGAGAAGAAUUGUAUCACAAUUGGUGCCAGUGAAAGCAGUCGACUAAGCAAUGGGGAUAGGAUCAUGUACGAGAACACCAAUAUACCUCUGAUUCGUUCACGGCGGGAUAAUACUAGCCUUUACCGGGUAGCUACGUUUAGCAAUCAUGGGUAUCGGAAUACUUGCCGUAUUAAACCUGACCUCGUUGCUCCGGGGACGGAUAUCCUCUCGGCGCGUUCGCAAUUUUCCCAGCCUCCAUCAGCGGAACGCGACCGUGACCUGUAUUGGUGCUAUAUGAAUGGGACUAGUAUGGCGACUCCGCUCGUCGCCGGUUGCGCGGCCGCUGUCCGAGAGGCUCUGAUUGCAAAUAGAACGGGGCGGCCGAGUGCGGCUCUAAUUAAAGCCCUACUCAUUAACGGCGCUGAUUGGCGAAGGCAACGUGAGGCAAACGUCGAGUCAGGAUUCGGUCGCGUUAACGUUACGAAAUCGCUCCAGAUUGCCUGUGGGAUGAUUGAAACUGGCUUUUGGGAGAGUGGCCUCCGAGAUGGGCGGGAUGGCGCUUUCUUAAGAACGGUCCGUGUCGGGCCUGGUACGCUGAAGGUAACUCUUGUGUGGAUGGACCCGGAAGGGCCUAUGAUCAGGAACGUACUACUAUUAAAGGUCAGAAAUUCAGACGGCGAGACUAGACGGGGCUAUCAUCGAUAUUGGGACAGAGAAGGGGAAGGCUUUGUUAACAACGUUCAGCAAAUCGUAUGGGAUCUCCGGGAGUCUCAGGAUGUAAUUAUCCGUGUUGCAAUGUAUGGGGUCAACGAUGAGCCAUCCGGAAGGCAGUAUUUUGCUGUAGUUUAUCGAUGCGACAGUUCUGCCGCAAUGCCUCAUGAGACAUAA